AGAGCAAUAAUAAAUGCAUUAAAUCGCACGUGCCACCGUAUCGUAGAGUGCGUAUCGGGUUGCGUAAAACACAGUGAAAUCCCGAUCCGUUAUGGAAAGUUUCGGUACAUUCCUCCGUACGGAAAAGGCGGUCCGCGUGGUCGGAGGAGGUUUCAAACGAUCGAUUGAUUUUCCUGAGGAGGUCGAGGGUCCGGAGCUCGCGUCCGUUGGAAUCUCUUGGCUCUCCAAUAUCAUUUCUAACCCUUCCAUCUCUCCUCUCUCUUCCUUUAUCAUCUCCGCUCUUUUUUUCUUUUUCUUGAAAACGAUGGUUGGUUUUGGAAUUUCAGACGCUUCCCGAUUCUCCCGCUCGUUUUAAAUACCGAUUUUGCAGCUCCGCCAUUCAUGUAAAUUUUGCAGGAUGGGAAGGAUUAAGCUAAAGAUAAAGAGAUUGGAAAACACAAGCGGACGGCAAGUGACCUACUCAAAAAGGAGGGCUGGGAUUCUUAAGAAAGCUAAGGAGCUAUCGAUAUUGUGUGAUAUAGAUAUUGCCCUUCUCAUGUUUUCACCAAGUGGAAAGCCCACACUAUGCCUUGGUGAACGCAGCAAUAUUGAAGAGGUUAUUGCAAAGUUUGCUCAACUCACACCACAGGAGAGGGCAAAAAGGAAACUAGAGAGCCUCGAAGCACUGAAAAAGACAUUCAAAAAGUUAGACCAUGAUGUCAAUAUACAAGACUUUUUGGGUACAAGUACCCAGACAGUUGAGGAAUUGAGUAACCAGUCAAGGCUAUUGGAAUCUCAACUAUCAGAAAUACACAAGAGACUGAGCUAUUGGACUGAUCCGGAUGAGAUCAACAAUGUAGACCAUAUUAGGGUGCUGGAAGAAUCUCUCAAGGAAUCACUUAGUCGAAUCCGGACACAUAAGGAAAAUUUUGGGAAACAACAGCUUAUGUCACUAGAAUGUUCUGCUCAGUUUCAGAAUGGGAUGCAUGUACCGUUAGUAAUGGGUGGUGAACAACAAGCGCAGCCACUAUCAUGGUUUCACAAUAAUGAUGGUCAGCAUAUGAUGAUGUCGGAUGACCCAAAUUUGCUGCCUCAAAGGGAUAUAGACUGCUCCACGGGCACCUCUGAUCCCAAUUAUUUGGGUUACUUUAGCACGGGAAAGCAAGCGACAAUUGAUAGUUCAGGGCAAGAAGGUGCUUUGAAUGAGUUAAGCAGAAACGAGUGCUUGAGGCUGCAACUAGGUGGCCAGUACCCUUACCAACCAUACAGUUUCAAUUUGCAGACUGAAAAGAAACUCAAGCCGGAGGCAGAACUGAACAUAGAAGGUGCUAACUUGGUUUAUCAAGUUAAUGGCUUCAAACAGCCUAGGCCUGCAUAUGAUGCCAGCCAUUAUAAUUGGGCUUCCACAUCUGGGCCUUGUGCAGUUCCCCUGUUUGAUGAGCACUCUUACCCCCAGCACCCAAACUGAAUUUCAUGAUUUUGGCUUAUUAUCUGCUUCUAAAGUUGCCCAUGGGCUUUUGAUGGGUUCCAUCUCCAGAAGGUUUUGUCCAAGUACUCUAUUCAUCGAUGAGAUAUGCGGAUGCAACCAUAAUGUGAUUAUUGUACAUGUACAAACCUAC